AUGCCCCGGCAAAAGGGCGUCAAGUUCCAGCAUCGGUCGAACAGCAACGGCAACGGCAACGGUAACGGCAACGGAAAUGGAACCCAUCACCGUCGACAAAGCUCUUCUGCCACCAGCGACAGUGCUUCCGAGCCCCCAAGCCCUCAGAAAGAUCAACACGAGACCAACGCCAAUGGAAGUAUUGUGAAAGGAGAAAAGCCAGAUCAUGCGUCCGAGUACGAGAAAAAGAAGCAGACUUUCAUAACCCGAACAAUAUGGACACUGGCGAUGAUAGGUGGUUUCUUUGGCGCCAUGUUUGCGGGUCAUGUCUACGUCCUCAUCGUCAUUACUGCCGUUCAGAUCGUUUCGUUCAAAGAGGUGAUCGCAAUUGCUCAAGUGCCCACCAAGCAGAAGAACCUCCCGUUGACGACCUCGGUGAACUGGUACUUCUUGGCCAUCACCAUGUACUUCCUGUACGGCGAAAGCGUCAUCUAUUAUUUCAAGCAUAUCCUGCUGGUGGAUAAAGUCUUGCUACCCUUCGCGACCCAUCAUAGGUUCAUCAGCUUCAUGAUGUAUAUAUUCGGAUUCAUGUCCUUCGUUGCCUCGUUGCGGAAAAACUAUUACCGCUUCCAGUUCGCCCAAUUCGCCUGGACUCAUAUGGCACUCUAUCUGAUUGUCGUCCAAGCACAUUUCAUGAUGAACAACGUCUUUGAAGGCAUGAUCUGGUUCUUCCUUCCCGCGUCACUGGUGAUUACCAACGAUAUCUUUGCAUACAUCUGCGGCAUCACUUUUGGCCGCACCCAAUUGAUCAGCCUUUCACCCAAGAAAACUGUCGAAGGUUUUGUCGGAGCUUGGAUCUGCACCAUUUUCUUCGGGUUUGCGCUGACCAACAUCUUGAUGCGCUACAAGUACUUCAUUUGCCCCGUCAAUGAUCUGGGUGCAAACAUUUUCACCGGCCUAGAAUGCGACCCGAACCCCGUUUUCAAGGCCUACCCGUACAACAUUAAAGACUGGACCGGCUUGGACUAUACGUUCUGGAUUGCCCCUAUGCAGUUCCAUAUCCUCGUCUUUGCAUCGUUCGCUUCGCUCAUCGCUCCGUUUGGAGGCUUCUUCGCCUCCGGAUUAAAACGGACUCUCAAGAUCAAAGAUUUUGGCGACAGCAUCCCCGGUCACGGAGGUAUGACUGAUCGCAUGGACUGUCAAUUCAUCAUGGGAUUGUUUGCGUACAUGUAUUACCAGAGCUUUAUCGCUGUUUACAAGACGUCGGUGGGCGGAGUCCUGGAAACGGCCAUUAUGGGCCUGACUCCGGAAGAGCAGAUUGAACUUGUGAAGAGGUUGGGGUGGUACUUACAAGGACAAGGCAUUAUCUCGGACAAGAUUGGCCAGUGCCUGGAACGGGCUCUUCCGAAGAGAUAA